AUGCCGCUGACCGUACGAUCGAUUUUGUGGCGAUGCUCCAAGAGAGUUGCACACGGGAUCGUACCGGUCGUCGUUCGUCGAUCGGGGCACUUGAACGCCGUAGACCGGAAUCGGUGUCGUCGUUGGACCGUACGAUCAAUUAGUGGCGAUACUCUGUGGGAGUUGCACACGGGAUCGUACCGGUCGUCGGUCGGGGCACUUGAACGCCGUGGACCGGAGUCGGUGUCGUCGUCGGACCGUGCGAUCAAUUUGUGGCGAUGCUCUAUGAGAGUUGCACACGGGAUCGUACCGGUCGUCGUUCGUCGAUCGGGGCACUUGAACGCCGUAGACCGGAAUCGGUGUCGUCGUUGGACCGUACGAUCAAUUAGUGGCGAUACUCUGUGGGAGUUGCACACGGGAUCGUGCCGGUCGUAA